CCUCCUCCUCCCGAUCGCCGCUCCCGCGGAGCCGGAGCCGCGCGGGCUGCCCGGGAACGGCCAGCGCCGGGAGAGCCCCCGCGCCGGGGCUGCCGGAGAUGCCCAUGGAGGAUGGGACGAGGCCGAGGGGACGGCAGGUCAACGGUGAGGUCAGCGGUGUCCCCCGGCCCAGGGGGAUGGGGGACCCCUCGCUCCGGGGCACGGCAGCACCCGCUGCCAGCAGGACAGACGCGAUGGCAGAGGGCUGUGAGCCGGGGCCGGCACUGGGUGACGGGGAUGUGACCCCCGGGGGAGCCCCAGAGCGAGCAUGGCAGCCCGAGGAAGCCCUGAUGACCGAGCUUUCGGAGCUGGUGCAGAAGGUGGUGAAGAGCAGCAGCUGGUGGGAACGGCACGGCGUGGACAUCAGCAUCCUUGCCUGCAGCUUCCUCCUGCUGCCAGCAGGGUUCCUGUGCCUGCGGUCAUCCCAGGCCAUCCCUUUCCUGGCGGGUGUCCUCACCCUUGGCGUGGUGCAUCACACCCUGACUGUCAAGGGCAGCCACCUGGCCAGCCACAAUGCCUUGACUGAGUCCAAGCCCUGGAGCAAAGUGUGGGCUAUCUUCUUCAUUGAGCUCUGCUCAGCUUUCACAGUUGAGCAGGCCACGUACAACCACGUGAAGAUCCACCACGGCUACACCAACAUCAUUGGACUGGGGGACUCCAGCACGUGGAAGCUUCCCUUCCUGAACCGCUACGUCUACAUGUUCAUGGCUCCUCUCGCAGUGCCCAUCCUAACCCCUCUGGUGGCACUUGAUUUAUUGAGGAACGUGGAGUGGAAGGCAGCUCUCCGGACCCUGUGCUGCAUGUUUCUGGGGUUUUACUGCCAUUACUGGCUCCUGCUCCAUGUCUCGGGCUUCCAGUCGCCGUGGUCUGCCCUGCUCUGCAUGCUGGUCACCCGCUCCCUCCUGGCCCAUCCCUACAUCCAUGUCAACAUAUUCCAGCACAUUGGCCUCCCCAUGUUCGCGGCCGACCGCAAACCCAAGCGGAUCCACCUCAUGAGCCUGGGUGUCCUCAACCUGCCCCGCAACCCCCUCCUCGACUGGUCCUUCGGCCACUCGCUCAUCAGCUGCCACGUGGAGCAUCACCUCUUCCCCAGCCUCUCUGACAACAUGUGCCUGAAGAUCAAGCCCAUCGUCUCCCAGUACCUGAAGCAGAAGAAGCUGCCCUACAACGAGGACACCUACAGCUCCAGGCUCUGGCUGUUCCUCCAGAGAUACGAGGAGCUGAUGGUCCAUGCUCCCCCCAUAACGGAGCUGGUGGGCAUCCAGUGAGGACCACGGGGGCUGCAGCACCUGGGGGGCUGUUUCCCGCAGGGACAUUCAGAGGGAUGGUUUUAGCAGGAACCAGCACCUCCAUGAAGUCAUGGUGUAGAAACAUCCCUCCCUGAACUCUUGCUUUUGGCUAGAAAAUGGUGCACAGAGCCAUGGCAGGGGGAGAGCAACACCAGGGACACAAAAAUCGGGGUUCCCCACAGUUAUUCCCAGCCAGGGCUUACUUUUAUCCACUCUGCUUUGACACUUGGGGAGAGGAAACCACCCCGUCCAUGGGGGAUGUGACACCACGUCCGGGACACGCAGAACUGAGAAGCACCAGGAUCUGCAGGAUGGAGCUGCAGCUGUUUGUUCGGGGUCUCAGGGAAGGGGUGGAUGUGGGAAGGGGGCUGUGUCACUGCUGCUUGUGCUUUGGGCUAAAUCAGUCCCUUCUAGGAACAAAGAUUUGUUUCAAAGAUAAGCUCGGCCUUAA